CAACUUUCUCCUCUCUGCUAUCCUUUCUAUUUUGCUAUCUUUCUCCCUCAACUCUCUCCCAUGGCUUCCCUCCAGGCCAACGCUGCAACAGUUCCAGAGGAGACUAACCAAAGAGAAGAAGAAACAACACAGGAGUCUCCUGUUGUUGUUGAAGAAAAGCAGGCCAAUACAGAAGUAGAUGUCAAACCGACAGAGUCCAAGACAGCUGAACCUGAUGACGUGUUUUUCCCUGAUGAAGAAGAUAAUAAACUAGCUGAUCAAGAAGGAGAUGAAGAGGAUAAAGCACCCAUUGAGGAAGAUUUGAAAUUCACAGAGGAUAUAGAAAAUGAAGAUCAAGCAGAAGAGGAUAUCGAGAAUGAAGAUUAGUAAAAUGAAGGCAAAAACUUUUAGGUGCAAGUGGGAAAUAAAGGAGAUGCUUAAGCAUUUGUUGUGCAUGGUGUGAUGUGGGUUUUUCAUUUCUGGUUAAUUUGAUCAUAGGCUUCUUCAAAGAGAAUUAUAUUGAAUUUUCAGUUAAUGUUGGGAAGGUACUGAUCAUAGACAAUUCCAUGUUAUUGUCUUUUGUAAUGUGUGGAAAGGUGUGUAUUUG